GUCCCGGUCGAGAUCCCGUUCCAGGUCCCGGGGAAGGAGAUAUUCUCGCUCACGCAGUCGGAGUCGUGGUAGGAGGUCGAGGUCAGCUUCCUACCGCAGAUCCAGGUCAAUCUCUCCUCGCAGAUACAGAUCGUUUUCACCCCGCCGGUCCCGGUCUGGUUCCUUAAGGAGAUCCAGGUCUAGGUCCAGAUCGCGCUCAAGGUCCCGGUCUGUCGUAUGGCCUCGAAGCAGGUCUGAGUCUCAUGGUAGAUCUAAAUCUGGCUUACCUGCUAAAAGUCGCUCAAAGUCCAGAUCACCAUCUCCAAAGAGAAGUCACUCACCAUCAGGAAGCCCUUGAAGAAAUGCAAGUUCUGAAAGAAUUAAUUAAAAUUGAAAAAGUUUAAGAAAAAAAUUAUUUUGUUUACAUUUAAGGGAUUUUGUGAUGUCUUUAUAAAUGUAAGGGCUUAGUCCUAGAAGGCUGUUUCUAUUGACUAGCAAUUGGCAUGAAUCUAUAUAUUUUAAAAGUCUUACUAUUAGACUAAUACAAAACUCUUUUGUUGUGUUAAUGUUCUGUGAUCUGGAAAUGUUGGGUUGGUUGGUUGUUUUUUUUUUUUUUUAUUGGUGCAUUGAAAUAAACUGCAUUUCUAACUAAGAA